CAACAAAUUUAUUUUAGGUUCCCAUCAAUUCUUAUCGGUUCUUAUCAGCCUAAAAAAACUGUUGCGGUGAAUGGGGAACAUAGUUUGUAUGCUACAAAAGUGCAGGCAGGAUCUUAUGCCAACCCUGGAGAGGGGGAAAGCACCUGCUUCUUUUACUCAACCUGUAGAACACAAAAAUUAUAAACUGAUGAGCCAAGGAGCCACAUCUUGGAUGGGAUAGAAUGACACUGUGGAUCAAGUGAAGCACCGAUUAAUAGGUGUUCCUCAUACAGUAUCUUUUAAUACGACUCACAACUUUAAGGCUUCUGCAUGGCCCUCUGGUCGAAAGAGCAAGGCAAACUGCCCAAUAUGUCCACGGGGACAGAAAUCAUAGAGGUAAAGAAGGACUUCAUAUCUUUGAAUGGCCUGGUUCACCCUAUCAUCCUGGCCACAGAGACCGAGCAGAGGCGGCCAAGUGGCGACAAGUACAAGCUCACAGAGGUGACGCCUCUGUCAGAGCAUCCUGAGCCGGAGAACGAGCAGACGGAAAUGGUGGUGAUGGAUUGUCAUGCCAAUGCCAGGGGUCAGAGGGAGGAUGACACUUUGCAGGAGAACGGCAGCCAAAGCAAUGAGAACAAUGACAUUAGCACGGACCAAAGCCCUGUGCCACCAGUUCCUCUAAAGGAGACGUCCUUUUCUAUAGGACUGCAGGUUGUGUUCCCAUUCCUGCUGGCUGGGUUUGGAACAGUGGCCGCUGGUAUGGUCCUCGACAUUGUCCAGCACUGGAAGGUGUUCUCAGAGGUGAACGAGGUCUUUAUCCUGGUGCCUGCUCUUCUGGGUCUGAAGGGAAACCUGGAGAUGACACUGGCAUCCAGACUGUCUACCGCUGCUAAUAUGGGGCAGAUGGACACAGCCAAUGAUAUGUGGAAAAUGAUCAUGGGAAACCUUGCACUAAUUCAGGUUCAGGCCACUGUGGUGGGCUCCCUAGCUUUUGUUGCGGCAGUCAUUUUUGGCUGGAUCUCAGAGGGCCAAUGGUGUCAUAUAGAUCAUGCUGUUCUGCUCUGUGCGAGCAGUGUAGCUACAGCCUUCAUCGCUUCCCUGGUGCUAGGUCUUAUCAUGAUAGGUGUGAUCAUCGGCUCCAGAAAGGUUGGCAUCAACCCCGACAACGUGGCCACACCUAUCGCUGCCAGCCUUGGGGACUUGAUUGCACUGGCUCUGCUGUCUAGCAUCAGCACAGGACUCUACCAGGAGCUGGAGUACAACAAGUAUGCCAAUCCGCUAGUCUGUGCAUUUUUUGCCACCUUAACACCGAUCCUGAUCGUGAUUGCCCGGCGUAUCUCUUACACCCAAGAAAUGCUCUACUCAGGGUGGAAGCCAGUGAUAAUCGCCAUGACGAUCAGCAGUAUUGGAGGCCUCAUUCUGGAUAAAACUGUGUCUAAUCCCAACUACGCUGGAAUGGCAGUGUUUACUCCGGUCAUCAACGGUGUGGCUGGUAAUCUGGUGGCGGUGCAGGCCAGUCGCAUCUCCACAUAUCUGCACAUGGACGGGCGCCCCAUCACAGAGGCGGAUCCGGCUCGUCAGAAAUGUCCCACACCAUGCAGGACAUUCUUCGGCUCAGGUGUGAAUUCUCGCUCAGCCCGAGUGCUUUUCCUCCUGGUGGCCCCCGGUCAUCUUGUUUUCCUGUACACCAUCAACUUAUUGCGCCCUGGACACGUCAGCCUCACCUGGAUCUUCAUCACUGUCUACCUGACCGCUGCCUUACUUCAGGUGAUGAUCCUGCUUUAUCUGGCAGACUGUAUGGUACAGUGGAUGUGGAAGAAAGGGAUGGAUCCUGAUAACUGUUCCAUUCCCUACCUAACUGCACUUGGUGACUUACUAGGCACGGGCCUCCUGGCUCUGUGCUUUUACAUCCUGUGGACGGUUAGUAAUAGGGACACGGACGUGCAAGACUGAGCGGCCUGAUGAACAAACGCAGAAACCUCACAAGCCUAU